AUUCGCUUUUCGUCGCCUUCCUUCAUGGACAGCAACAACAAUGGCUCUUCAGGCCUCGUCGUCGACCAGCAGCUUCUCUUGCUGCUGGGACUAUUUCAAGUUCAUGACAACGUAAGUGAUGACGGUCCGUCACUGUCCUUGUAGCUCUGAUUUCUCACACAAAUUGGCUUCUGUGCUCUUCACCUGCAGCCCCGCACACCAAAACACCGACCAAGAAGCCCUCACGGAGGUCAGUGACUGAUCAACACAGAGCUCGGUCAUCGACAUUGUUUAACAUGAUCUGUGCUUGCUGUAUUGUUUGCAGGCCGUCCCUCGCCAUCGACCGGUGCUGCCGGAGGUGCCGCGGCGCCAUCGCCGUUGCCCUCGGCAUCGCCCGCAUCUGCCCACCGAGGCGCCCCGACGGGCUCGACGGCAGCGGCCACAGACACAUCCCCAGCCACAGCCACAGCAAGCACCACAGCCAGCGCACCCCCAGCCGGCGAUCACCGCCACCGCCCCUCCCCCUAUCAUCGCCCCUGUCCCAGCCCCCGUCCCCCCUCCCCAAAGGGCUAUCGUGCCUGCCCCACCCCACCCCGACCGCAUCACCCCACACCAGCGCGCCAUCCGCAACCGCAUCGUGCAGUUGAUCGAGACGGGCAACGAUGCAGCAGCGGGCAGCGAGGCAGUGCGCCUCAUCCGCAACAACCGGGACGUCCCCCUGGCCGGAAAGGAUCUGUUCCGUCGGCUGGCUGCCUAUGCGCGCCUCCUGCCGUCUGAGCAGAAGUUCCGCAUCGCCACGGCCAUCCUCGACCAUCAGCCCGCGCUCGCCAACGAGAUCGACGAGCACCCACACCAAAGCGGCCAGGUGGCGAUCCACCACUUCAGCCAGUACCCGUUGCUAUUCGACGGGCAUCAAGAGGCGCUUCUGCGCUUGCUGGUGGCCAAGGGAGGGGCGGGCAUCGUCAGCCUGCGGGACGACAACGACCGCCUGCCGCUGCACAUCGCUGCCGCUUCCUACCACGACGACUGCACCACAACGAGGUGGCUGUGCGAGAACGGGGCGGCGGUCGACAUCAACACCCCCAACGGCGACAACCUCACCCCUCUCCGGCUCGACGCCGACAAGAACGACCCGGCCUGGGGGAGCCCGCUCUACCGCCGGCUGACGCUGCUGGAGUUCGGGGCAUCGGUGGCCGGGGCGGGCGUGCGGCCACUGCCAGUGCCGCAUCGGGUGUUGUGGGAGGAGAAGAUCCUCGACGCCUACCGCCACCAUCUCGAGUGGAGCCUCAUCAAGCGCAUCCUCGCCAUUGCCACCACUGCCCUCGGCGCCCAGCAGAUCCCCCUCCCUGCCGGUGUGCUGCAGCGGGUGCUGGAGAUGGCGGUCCCACAACUCCCCACCAUCGCCGACCCGCCCCUCUCCACCCGCAUCAACACGGCCCUCCUGGCGUUCCUUGACGCCGCCACGAGGGAGGACAGCCAGCGCGAGCUGAGGAGCGGAGUGGGGGGUUUCCGCUGCUUCCGCGCGCUGACGGGGCUGCGAUCUCGCCCAGUCAGCCUGUGUACCGUCGUGAAUCGCGCCAUUCGCGACGAGGCGCGGCGGUAUGGGCUGACCCUCGGGCGCAUCAGGGGGCAGAGCAGCGAUGCGGCCAACAACGGGGCUGGGUGGGACUGGAGGAGGCUGGGGGUGGUCAAGGAAGGGGUGUUUAAGCCGCUUUAUCUGAGUUGAUGGCUGGGCUGGUCGGUGUGGGCGAGGGCGGGAGAGAGGGGAAAGGGAGUUAGAAGUUUUCUCGAAGUCAGUCAGGGAUGUUGGGUGUGGUUUGGGCAGGUUUGGGCGAAGAGGCGGUCGGUUGGUUGGUUGGUUGGCUUGCUGACGCAUUUCAUGUGUGUAUGGUGACGGUCGGGCGGUUGAUUCGCUUGUGUACUUGUG